AUAAGUUCAGUUCUCUCUGCUGAGCACAUGCAGUCUUACAUACUCUGAGACAGACAGACAGAGAAACAGAUUGAAAGACAGACAGAAAGACAGAGACAGACGCUGAAGGAGGUCAGAGGUUUCAUAGGGAUUGAAGUGGCAUGGCACAGGGCUCUGACAAUAACGAUACCAGCUACACCAAAUCCCCAUCACCGGGCAAUAAACAGGGUUCAACGGAUGACGUAAGGAAGGUGAUGAGGAGAGAGAAGAACCGAAUUGCGGCGCAGAAGAGCCGAAUGCGACAAACUCAGAGAGCAGACAGCCUGCACCUGGAGAGUGAAAGUUUGGAGAAGGAAAACGCAGUGCUCAGGAAAGAGGUGAAGAGACUCACAGAAGAGGCCAAAUAUCUGUCCACGGUCUUGAGCAACCACGAGCCGCUGUGCACGGGCCUGAGCGGUUCGUCCACAGAGCUUCUCUACAGCCCGCACCACGGCGCAUUUCAUCAGCACAUCAGCGUGCCGCACUACCCGCUCUGACCGGUAGAGGCCGCCAGAGUCCUGCGCAGAAUCCGCCUAUGAACUGCAGUCACUGACCUUUGGUUGAGUCAUAAUUAAACCACGUAAACAACCAUCAGCGGGCAUUGCAGUGGUCUUAAAAUGAACUACUGAGGAAUGACUAUCAGAGAAAUAAAACAAAAACCUCUAAAUAUAAGAAUUUUGGUGACUAUAAUUUUUAAUAUAUAUAUAUAUAUAUAUAUAUAUAUAUAUAUAUAUAUAUAUAUAUAUAUAUAUAUAUAUAUAUAUAAUUAUAGUAUAUAUAUAUAUGUAUUUUUGUGUUAAAGUUAAUUAAUACCUGCCCCUUGAACAAAACUCAAUGCAAUCUUUUAAGUAUAAAUGACAUGUCUGUAAGAUGCAAGCAUUUCAACUGUAGUGUGCAAUGUAGGCUACUUGCAAACAUGCCUGGCAAUGACACAAUGAAUGUUUUCAAUUUAGAUUUCAUUAGAUGCCAAGUCUGAUUCAUAUGAUCAUUUAUUUUAUUCUAUUUCUGUGAAAUGUUAAUUAAAUGACUGAACUAGGUUCUAACAAGAAAAUGAUGUUGAUUGUGUAUCUUGUUCACAAAUAUUGUUAGCGAAUGUUUUUCUAUACGACUCAUUUAAGAUGUUAAAUUAGUGAAACAUUCUAAAUGUUCUUUUUACAUACAAAUACAGCUGAAUAUUUCUAUUCCAAGAACUGCUGUGUAUUUUUCUCAAAUGUGGAGGAAGGAAACAUUUGUAUCUGUGAAAAAGUAAAUAAAAUUAUGUGAAAUCUACAGAUAGAUUUUGUAAUCAGAAUGAAAUGUUAAAGGUCGUAUUUAAACACACUGGAAUAAAUACUAUA